AUGACCAACUAUAGUUACUUCACACUCCCAUCAACCGCAGGGACGCCAGGAUUCAACUAUCAGGUUCCGCCAAUGACGAUGUUCGCUGGAGCACCAUAUAAUGCAGCUAUGAUUCCACGGAAAAACCGUCGUGAAAGAACUACGUAUAGUCGACAGCAACUGGAAAUACUAGAAAAUUUGUUUAAUGAAACGCAGUAUCCAGAUGUAUUUGCCCGGGAAAGGGUCGCAGAGCAAAUUCGACUCCAGGAGAGUAGAAUUCAGGUCUGGUUCAAAAACCGUCGUGCCAAAUACCGUCUCCAAGAGAAACAGAAGCCCAAACAAAGAAAUGAAAAAAUUCAAGAGCAUAAAAGUGAAGACCAACAACUGGAGCCCCUAGACGUAGAAUCUCUCAAAGGAAACGUGUCUCCAGGCUAUCAACCGCAAAUAAAGAGUGAAUUGGAGAGUUGCGACAAUGCGGUGGUCAGCAGUGGUAAACUGAGCACUCCAAAGAGUAUUUCUCCGCUUGAUACGACUGCAAGCAGUGCAAGUUCCAAUAUUUCGGCUACAGAGUUGCAAUGGUCAGCUGGUGAGCCGCAGAAACCGGUUUUCGCAAAAAAUGAGGAUCCCUCCUCUGCUGCAGUGAGUCCGACCGCCGAUAGCUCCACAUCCACGUCUUCUGCGUCAGCAGCGUUGUCUACCUCCUCUUCAGCAUCAUUACCGUUCCAACCAACUGUUUAUAAUACCUAUCCCGCUAUUUAUCCACAAUGGGGUAGCUUCGAUUACACAACUUAUGCCAAUCAGCCUUAUGCUGCUCAAUUCUCCCACACCCCGUAUUCAGGAACCCCAUUCUGGCACCAAAAUGGAUCUUUGUAA